AUGAACUCCUCCGAUAUAGACCAGCGCCCGGCGAAAAAAAGACGUUUUUUUUUUGAUGAUGAACCCGAAACACCAGAAGGCCACCCUCCUCCUUUACAGACUCCCGACGCGUCGUCGCGUGCGCCAUCGAUUGAGGGCGGAUCGCCGACCGUAACGUCUUCAAACGCCCAAGCAGCUAAUCCUUCGAAUACCUUUGAAGCUCAUACAGAAGUGGCUACAGAAUGCAAAAAUGAAUUUGAUGUCGGAUUUUUUACAAGCGUGGUUGGAAAUGAUCUGUCCGAAGAUACAAUCCGAAUGGUUCGGGAUAUGGCUGGGGGCAACAUAGAGAGAGCUAUAAAUAUAUACUUCGACGGAUCAUGGAAGAAGAAAAUACGGCGUACGGAUCCUGUUGAUUCGAAUAUUUUGCACUCGACAGUUCGACCAACCCUCCAACCCCCUCUGCCAUUGAAACCUAGUGUCGAUUCCCCUCUUGCCGAACCGCUCGCCGAAGACCCUGAGACUAGAUAUAUUGGCGCCUUUGGAGUCGGUGGUUGGGCUACUCGCUCUGGUUUAAAGUUAAUCAGCCAUGGGGAUGAGGUUCGCAUCGAACGGACCAAGCCGCAACCAACAUUUAAAAUUGGGAGAGGCGGCCGGGGAGCCUCCCGGUCCGGAACUCAAAGAAGCGAUGUUAUAACAAGGUUUACAAAUGCUCGCGGCGAUGAGAUCGGUCGGCUGCCUCGAGAAACUGCAGAAUGGGUUUCAACCCUCCUUGACCAAAAGAUUUGCAAAUUCACUGGUGUUUGCGUUUAUGCACCAGACCUAAUUCGGGUCAACGACACUGUAUACAUCCAAAUAAAGUGCUUUUUGUUGAGAAAUUCCUUUCGAAAAGCAGCCUUUUCCUCAGAAGAAGAAGACCAUGUCCCUCGGUUGUUUGAACAGCAAGAAACUGCGGAAGAGAAGUCCCUCCGCCUGCGACAAGUUGCACUUGUUACACUUUUCGAUGAAAUUAAUUUGAAGCCCACAUCGAGUAACGAGAUAUCUGCUCGGCAUAAAAAAGAAGGGUUACUUCGGGCUGCUGAAGUGGCCGAACAACGUGGGAUAAAAGGCUUGCCGUCUUCAACGCAGUCCAAAGAGGAGUCCUCUGACACAGAAGAAGAAGAGCGACUGGACCAGGAUCAACUGGAUAGCCUGUAUCAAAAAGCCCAACGGUUUGAUUUUACGAUGCCGGAGGCGACCCCAGGAGAGCAUUUUGCGAUGGAACUCCGAAAAUAUCAAAAGCAGGCCUUAUACUGGAUGCUAGGAAAGGAGAAAGAUAUGAAAUCCAACAGAGAGACAUCCAUGAAUCCACUUUGGGAAGAAUAUACUUGGCCUGUCAAGGAUGUUGACGAUAAACCACUUCCACGGGUUCUUAAUAGAGACAAAUUUUACGUAAAUCCCUAUUCAGGAGAACUUAGCUUGGAGUUCCCUCUGCAAGAGCAGCAUUGUCUUGGUGGCAUACUUGCAGACGAGAUGGGUCUUGGAAAAACAAUCGAGAUCAUGAGCUUAAUCCAUUCCCACAAGCCAGUUCCUGUUCCUCCCCCAAGCACUUUCGAUCCAACCUCUGCAAACGCUCUGCCGGCCUUAACAAAUCCUCCUGCAACAAAAGGAACUCCUUGUGCAACUCUUGUUGUCGCUCCAACCUCUUUACUUUCCCAAUGGGAGAGUGAAUCUAUGAAAGCGUCAAAGCCUGGUUCAAUGAAGGUUCUUGUUUACCACGGAAGUGAAAAGUCUGUCGACCUCAGAUCUUUAUGCUCUUCUACAAAUCCGGGGGGCCCGAUUAAUCUCAUUAUCACCAGUUAUGGUGUUGUUCGCUCAGAAUAUUUUCAAAUCGCUUCAAGCCGCGAUCGCAGUGCCAUUGGUCGAACUGGAUUAUUCUCAGUCGAAUUUUUCCGGCUUGUGCUUGACGAGGCGCAUUACAUUAAGAAUCGUGCGUCAAAGACUUCGCGGGCGUGCUGUGAACUCAAGGCCAUCCAUAGGUGGGCAUUGACCGGCACCCCCAUUGUCAACCGGCUCGAGGACCUCUUUAGCCUUGUUCGUUACCUCAAAGUUGAGCCAUGGUGCAAUUUCUCCUUCUGGAGAACGUUUAUCACUAUCCCAUUCGAGUCCAAGGAUUUUAUUCGUGCACUUAAUGUUGUACAAACCGUCCUGGAGCCCUUGGUUCUUCGACGGACAAAAUCCAUGAAGACUCCCGAAGGUGAACCUUUAGUGCCAUUGCCGUCGCGAACAAUUGCUAUUGAACACAUUGAACUUUCAGACCAAGAGCGGGAUAUUUACGAUGUUAUUUUCACCCGCGCAAAGCGUACCUUUAAUGAUAACGUUGCGGCUGGUACGCUACUAAAGUCUUAUACCACAAUAUUCGCACAACUUCUUCGCUUACGCCAAACUUGCUGUCAUCCAAUUCUCACAAGGAAUCAAAGUAUUGUUGCUGAAGAGGAAGAUGCUGCCAUCGCCGCCGAGGAUGUCAAUGUGCUUAAGGAUGAUAUGGAUCUCCAGGAAUUAAUUGACCGGUUUACUGCUUCUACCAGCUCUACCAAUAGUGAAGAAUCUCAAGAUCCAAUGGCAAAGUUCACCACGCACUCUUUAAAGCAAAUCCAAACAGAAUCAAGUGGCGAAUGCCCUAUUUGCUCCGAAGAGCCAAUGAUUGACCCGGCUGUUACUAGUUGCUGGCAUUCUGCCUGUAAGAAGUGCUUGGAGACUUAUAUACAACAUCAAGCGGAUAAAGGAGAAACUCCUCGGUGCUUCUCGUGUCGCGAGACGUUGAGUAUCCGUGACAUAUUCGAGGUUAUCCGCCACAAAUCGUCCGGGCAAUCAUCGCCAAAGGAUGACCUAUACGAUAGUUCCCCCCAAUCUUUGUCUUCAGGGCCGCGCAUUUCUCUUCGGCGCAUACAUCCUUUGUCACCAUCUGCGCGUACCUCAGCGAAAAUCCAUGCACUCAUCCUACAUCUUUCUAGUUUGCCUAAAAAUACUAAGGCCGUCGUUUUCUCCCAGUUUACAUCUUUUUUGGAUUUGAUUGGGGCGCAGCUGACUCGCGAAGGCAUUGAACAUCUCCGUUUUGAUGGAUCUAUGCAACAAAAAGCUAGGAAAGCUAUCCUUGCUCAGUUUAAUCAGAUGCCCGAAGCCUUUUCCGAACCUGAAGAAGAUGAGGACGACAAUCCUAUGUUCCUGUCCACGCGAAGCUAUAAAUCUAACUCAAAGGGUAAUAUUGAACAACCCUCUCCGAAUGUUCUCCUGAUCAGCCUUCGCGCCGGUGGCGUAGGCCUUAACCUCACUGCCGCGAAUCAUGUGUACAUGAUGGAUCCAUGGUGGAGUUUUGCCGUUGAAGCCCAGGCAAUUGACCGCGUACACAGGAUGGGCCAGUUGAAAGAUGUUAAGGUGACGAGAUUCGUUGUGAAGAAUAGUAUUGAGGAGAGGAUGUUAAGGGUCCAGGAGAGAAAGAUGAUGAUUGCGGGGUCGCUGGGAUUGAGGGUCGGAGAUGCCAGUGAGGAGGAUAGAAGAAAGGAGAGGAUUGAGGAGCUGAAGUUACUCUUUGAAUGAAAAGCAGAUAUUGGUAGUGGGUGUUUCUAGUAUUGCUUUAAGAUCGUAGGGGCGAAUACGAAAGGAUGUAUUCAGGUAUUCAGGUGCAUUACGGGCUGCUUAAGUGCAAUUUUGGAUUAUGAUAAACAGUGGUCUCACAUUUGCGGUUUGAUAAUUUGUGUAGACAUUUCGAUUCUGAGUCAAAUUCGAGACAUUGAACAGACC